UAUGCCGUGUUUCUGAGGCAGUAAGAGGUGGCAGCAAGUGGCAGCAGGGUCACGAGGGAUGUCUGCAGCCAGAUGGGGUGAGCACACACCAGGGAGAAGCAGCGCCUGCCCCAUCUGGAGCCCUGAACCUCACUGGCAUGGAUGACCUGUCCAUACUCACCAUCAGUAUGAAGUGCUCACCAUGGAAGGCACUGUGAAAUGCUUUAAUGGCUCUCCCUCACCCACCUCAGUUCAACCCAGCUGAGCACAACCAGGAGAGAAGUGUUUGGUACGUGCACAGGGACUCUAUGAUCAAGCACCGGGCCCAGAAAGCUCCCCCUGGGCAACACAGGCACUGUGAGCGAUGUUUCAGCCGGCACUGCCGCGCACCCAUUGAGAUCUCCGUGUCCUGCAUGGUGAUCAGCUGCCACCUCCACUGCGGGGCCACCUUCCACAUGUGCAAGGAGGAGGAGCACAAGUUACUCUGCCCCUUGGAGGAGGUGUCCUGCCUCAACUCAGCCUAUGGCUGCCCUUUCUCCAUGGCCCGCUUUAAGCUGGGGAAGCACCUCCAGGUCUGUCCAGCCAGUGUCGUCUGCUGCUCAAUGGAGUGGAACCGCUGGCCAAAUGUGGAUUCAGACACAACCCUGCACAAGAACAUUAUGAAAGAAACCUUGAAUGAAGAAUGUCUGGACACAGCUUUGGCACUCAGAGACCAGAAGAUACUUUUCAGGACUUUGAAAAUAGCUGAAUUAUUUCCAGAGUGGAGGAAAAAGGAUGAACUGGAAGAACUAAUGGAUCAAGCCAUGGGUGGGGAAGCAGGUGCUGUGGGAGGAGCUGCCUGUGGUUCCCAAGAGGUCAAUGACCAGUCUGAGCUCAGCCAGCGUGAGCGGGAAGAUUUGGCAAAGGACAAAGAGGGAAUGGAUCUGGGGAGUUACAAAACCUGGGAGAACAUUUUCAGCAAAGAGCUUCUGGCUUGCCAGGUAACAGGCUCAGCAACCGGCACAGGACAAAAGACAGAGGAGGCUUCCAAGAAAACAGCAGCAGCCUCUCAUGCUGCCAGCUCUACAGGGAAGGCAGAGGAAGGACCUGAGGGUGCAGAAGAGGGAAAGAGCCAAAAGUCUGAACAAGUUACACCAAAUAGAGUACUGAAUGGACUGGCUCCCUGGCAAGAAGGGGUCCUGGAGAGGCUGAAGAAGGAGGUCAGUGUAGCUGAUUACAACAUGUAUCUGGUACAUCAUGGAGGAAUGCUCAUCCGCUUUGGCCAGAUGGCUGCUUGCACGCCUAAAGAGAAAGACUUCGUCUAUGGGAACUUGGAAGCCCAGGAGGUGAAGACUGUCUAUACCUUCAAAGUGCCAGUUAGUUACUGUGGCAAAAGAGCACGACUAGGAGAUGCGCUGGGCCACAAAAUGCCAACUUCAGACAAGUCAGUGGAUACCUCAGAACUGGGAAUAAAUGUAGAUGAACUACCUAAGACAAACAUAGUUGAAGCCACACUGCUGUGUGCUCUGGAAAAAGAGCUGAAAGGCCAUGAGAUCUCUGAAGCAAGAGGUAUUGAUGGACUCUUUGUGGAUUUUGCAACACAGACAUACAAUUUUCCUUUGGAGCCCUUCUCCUCCAGUGCAGUUCUAGCAGAUAUUCUGGAUGAAAACAGCCCACCAGAACUGCACAUGGAGCUCUACACUGAAUGUGUAACCAGAAGACACAACAAAAGCAGUUCAGCUUUCACGUUCACUUGCAGCCAUUUCUUUAGAAGGGAUGAGUUCCCGUCUCACUUCAAGAAUGUGCACGCUGAUAUCCAGUCAUGCCUGGAUGGAUGGUUCCAGCAUCGCUGCCCGCUGGCCUACUUGGGAUGUCCUUUUGUCCAAAAUCACUUCCGCCCCGCGGGACUUAAGGCCAAGGUUAUUUACAGCAAGCCUCUCAAGACAUUUGCUAUUAAGCCAGAGGUGGACACCCUUCUUGAUGAACCGGGCAAGUGCAAUUCCACAGUGGAUUGUCGAGGGAGAAACAAGGACCUGCUGAGCAGCCUCCCAGUGGAAGUGCUCAAGUACAUUGCAGGAUUCCUGGACAGCUUCAGUUUAUCUCAGCUAUCACAAGUGUCAGUGCUCAUGAGGGACAUCUGUGCCACUCUUCUUCAGGAGAGGGGAAUGGUCCUGCUGGUCUGGGAGAAAAAAAGAUAUUCCCAUGGUGGUACUUCUUGGAGAGCUCGCAAAAAGAUCUGGCAGUUCAGCAGCCUGUUCUCCAGAGUUCCCAACUGGCAGCGCAGCGACGUCCCGAGCAUGUCGGAGCACCUGAGGAAUUGUCCCUUCUACCAGGCGGAGCGCAGGACGGACCCCGUGCUGCUGACGGGCAUGAGUGAAUCUCGGGAGCAGACUCGAAAGACUCUGGUCUCUACUUUCAAGCACAGAGUCUGAACAAAUUGCUUCCCCUCUGCCAUGCUUCCUCCUGGGGUCUUGAGAUGAAGAUUUGGGGAUUCAGGUGUAACGAUUGCUGCUUCCAACUCUCCUUUGGACAUACAAAAUCGACUUCUCCCCAGCUGCGUUUGAAACCUCUGGUUUGUUUUUUUUCUGCAUUAAUUUGUUAAAACUUCAACCACUGCUUGCUAACAUCACAUGCUUUCUGUUUGUUUCUGUUCCUGGUUUAAUACAGCAUCUUGAAGAAAGCAAUGAGGAUCUUAUUUGAAAACAGCAUUUUUACAUCCUUGAAGGUAGGCUGGUCCUGUACCAUGUGCCUGAGGGACGAAAGAGCAGUAAUGUACUUAGCUCAAAUAGAUCUGAAACACCUUAGUUUAGUCUGGAAAGCCAAAUUCUUGGAGCACAAGUAGAUGCCCUCCUGCCUGGCAGACCUAGGGACUGCUAACCUGCUCUGUAAGGUGGGAAAAGGGAAAGGACACCCCAAAAUUAUGUGAAUUAAUUAGAACUCCAGUGAGAACUUGGGAAUUCUCAGCCACAGACCAUCAUUUAGGACCCUGACUAAGGCAGGCACGCUUAGUUGAGUGCAAGCAUAAUGCUGAGCUCAUGGGAGCAUUCAAAUCAAACAAACUUACUCUUCGUUAGAAGUAACCAAGUAGCAAACAAUUUUAGAGAUUCAAUUGACUUUUUAUAUGUUAAGGUAACAACUUUCUGUGUUUUAUCUGAUAAUUCAUUAAAGCCAUGAAAGAAUAUUUGAUAAUUUUUAAAAUGCCUUACUAACUCAGUUGCGCAGUUGUAAAUUGCAAAUUCUAAUUGUAAGCAACUGAAAACAGAAUGUCAAAGAAAUAAUAUUCUUUUCCAUAAAAGAAAAGUAAUUCAGUAACCCAUUCAGUAGCAGAAUGGAUAAUGUUUGCUUCAGUUAACUGGGCGGGAGCAUAGGAUCUUUUUUUACAGAGCAUAAAAGUGAUUAGGAUUUGGUUUAUCUUUUAAUAAAUACACUAACUUAAACCAUAACAGGCUUGCUGAGGCAACAGAUGAGAGAAAACAGGCAUGUUACCAGCAGUGUCUGUCUCAUUACACAAUUUGAACCCAUUUCAGUGGUGCUAGUCAGAAAUGCCAUGGAUGUGGUAGUGGGUGAGAUUCCUCUGAAAUGGCCAUACAUUUAUUUGUCAGCUUAGGACAGUUUCUAGCCACUGCACCUCUUUCUUUUUUAAGCUCAUACACAGAAGUGUGAGAUCAGGACUGAGGUCUGGCGUCCAUCUCUCUGUCUGAGGCAGGACAACAUUGCUGGGAACCAGGAUAUUUGCUGGCCUGGACCACUACUCUUCUCACCUGGGCUGGCCAGGUGCAAACUGGCUCAGGCAGAUGGGUACAUGCCACACUUGCCAUCCCCAAUCCCGGUGCAGAUCUGGGAUGAGGUGUCCUGGCAAGGAGGAGCCCUUUCUUAUCUAGAAAAGUUGCUGAUGAACCUGGGCUGAGUGCUUGGUAACCAAAGGUGUGAAUUGUGUGGUGCCCCAAACCACCCUGAAUGCAGUUCAGUCUUUUCUACACCUGCAGCUUAAGUGGUUCCUGUGAGAUUUUUAACCAUAUGAGGAUGUUUUUCGUCUCCAGACACACACCCUCAGGAGCAUACAGUCUGAGCUGUGAGGGCAGUGGAAUGGUCCCACAGAACAGGAAAAGCAGCACUUUUUCUGCUCCUAGAGAUCCUUUCUGGGAAGUCUCAUAACACUUUAACAUGAAAAUAAACUUCUCUGCACAGGUAUCCUGCCCAAAACACAAGUAGCAUCCCAGGUUUAAGAAGAGGAAACUGAAGGAAAUGAACACAGGGAACCUAAGCUGGGCCAGGAACAGUUGGAAUCAGAUGCUCUGAUCCUUCAUCCUGAGGCUUAAGCCACUGCACAAAAACAAACUGUCCAUCCUUUAAAGCUGCUUACAAAAAAAUCACCUGCCCUCAAAACAUUCCAUAUAACAUGAGCUGCCCAAAAUUAUCUCCUUGUUUUACCCAGCAAAGUUGACAGAUGUGAAAACAUAGAACCAGAAUUCUUAGACUUCCUAGGUCUCUAGGAAUUCCUAAGAGACCUAGAAUUCCUAGGUCUCUGUAUCAGGGCCUCAUUCUUCACUUGCCAUGUAUGUGAUUUUGAAAGAUGCUGAGCACCCAACUCCAGCUGCAGAACACAGUAUCUGCAAGUCCAUGUCCAAAAAUUGGGUGUCAGAAUCUGUGCUGAGUCCAUACGUUUAUGGAUAACUUGGGGAGUGUAGAAAAAAAUGUUGCUUAAAUAAUAAGGUCUCAGAGUAAGUCAGUGUUUAAGGUUGGUAGGAGAUGAUGAAAAAUUUCAGCCUGGACAAUCUCUCACAUGAUCAGUCACUUAGCUGCUGUAAAGUGCUGUGGCUGCCCUGAAAUUUUGGCCUAUGUUAGGUGUGAAUUUGGCUCAUUUUACCUUUAGUGCCAGUGUCACCAGCACCACUGCUAUUCUGCUCCUUGUCACUCCCUGCUCCUGGAGAUGGCAUGACUUCAGUUCCAGCCUUAUUACAAUAGAUUCCACUUCUUCCCUCCACAGUAGGUGCCUGAGUCAGACUUCAGGGGGAUGCAACCUUUGGAAGUAUGAUGUUGAUGGUGCAGGUCAGAGGUAGGAAUAUUGCAACCUCUACCUCUUGGGAUCAGGCAGGGUGUGCAUAGAACAUCCAGGAGAUUGGAUCAUUUCCCUUCUGGUAUUCAUACAGGGCAUGCUGGAGAGACACAGAGUAUUCAUUCAUAGAGAGACAUAUUUGCUCCUGUGAAUGUACAGGAAUAUUUCUGUAAACUGUAAAUUUGAUUAAGUAACCUUCAGCACAUCCAGUGAAAGCUGGAAAUCCACAGCCAAAAUCUUCAGGUUAGUCUGGUUAACCUGAUCUGGGAGAGGCAAACCUGUACAGGAAACGGGAGAUCACCCUUCCAUUUCUGCAUACCCACCUGGCCAAUGUCAUCAGGGAGAUGCUUCUCACUUCAUCCCACCCUUAUCACAAGUGGAGAGCUGUGGGCUGGUGGCAGAUGCAGUUUUAUUAAUCUAAGGGUCAUGCCAAGCUAGCUCAGAGUUGAUGGUCCUGCUCGUUAGCAGAGUCAACAGAAGAUUUAGGAGGUGGAAGGAACUGAAUUUUCCUGCACUGUGUGUCUUUGUGAGCACAAUGCUGGCUUAUGUAAAAGGUGAGAGGCUUUGCUUUGGAUUCAGCAAGUCCUUAGCUCCUGGUUUAACUUUGUAAUUUGGCCCAAAAAACUUCAGCUAAAUUUCAGCUUGAGGAAUUUGAUCAGAAGAAACUGAUCAUUUGUGUUUUUCAAAGUAGUCUAUUGUUUUGGCAGGGUCUGAACUGGAAAAGAGGAUCCAAUUCCAGCAGAGCAUUGAGGUUGCUCUCAGUCCAGCCCUCACACUCUGGAUCUUCAUGACUUUGAUCUUGUUUGUGUUGUCCACAAGUCCUGUGAAGUGCAAGAGCAAUACUCCACACACUCCAGAUUGACAUGUCUUGCAGUGCUUCCUCUCCCUGGAAAAGUGGAAGUGAAAUGAACACAUUGUGGAAAUCAGAAAAGUCAGAGCAGGGGAAAAAAACUCAUGACAAGAGAAGACAGGGAACAGAAAGGUAAUGAGUUUGGAUAGAGAGACCUGCCUCUUUGGAGGUGGUGUAAGCAGAGGCAAGAGGAGACAGGUAAGAGGGCACAGGAAUGAGAGGAGUCGGGAUGUGCUGCCAAAACCAGAGGUUUUCUGGAUAAAAGCAUUUCCUUGAGAAAGACUCUGGAAAUUCCCAAUUGGUGCUAUACAGUAACACGGGGCAGAUUAUAAUUUUUAAGAGGUGAAAGGGCAAGUGACCUACUGACAUGUAUCCUAAGUCUGGGUUGAAGGAAGGAAUUUUUUGAUGGACCUCCAACUCCCAAAGCUGAGUGAGCACAGAUAAGGUCAAGUUUAUCUGAACAGUGCCUGUUAUUUUGUGAAGCUCUGUAACUCCUUGUUGCAUUCUUAGUAAUAAAAAUUAUUAUGGU